AUGUUUGUUCAGACGAUGGGGGUCCCCCUGCAGGCGCCAGCCAUCCGCCGCCUCUUUUCAACUCCCCGGAAAUCCAGCAAAUUCAGAGAAUUCCAGACCACCCUAGCCAGGACAACUCACCGUUUCUCUCGCCCGCAUCGCACCAAAGCCCAUCUCGCGAGGCCCGGCACAGCCACCGGCACCACCUGGCGUGACUCGCGACGGGGAUGCGACUGGGCUUGA